UCAAUCGCUCUUCUAUCGUUCUCUCUCUCGCUGAUAGGUUUUUUUUCUCUCUAAUUUCUCUCCUCCGUCAGUGGCGGAAACGCCGCUAGGCCGCCGUGUGAACGCCGGUUUCCGUUGAUUAGCCCGAUGAUCCGCCCUUUUCGGUUUCCCUCAUUUAAUUCUCUCUCCUUUUCACUUCCUCUUUGAAUUUUUUUUUCUAUUUUUUUUUAACAAAUUUACCCUUGAGACCUUCGACAGUUUACUGUUGCCGCCCAUUAAGAGUGAACCAUUUUUAUUUUUAUUUUUUUACUUUUUCCCGUUAAUCAAACAUCCCCUCCACCAAUUCCGGUAGAUUUUGACGCUUUGUGGGCUGACGUGGCAUGCAUCCAACGGCGAAUGCACAAAACGACGAUGCACCGAGCCGCGACGCACGGCGCGCCCAAUAAGCGCAAAGAAAGAGAGGCCAUCGGCGGCUUCAAGCCGUCACCCGCAAAAUCACUCAGGCCCCCGGCGGCUCAACCCUGCUCGCCCAAACCGGUCCAGCCCAGUUCGGCGAAUCAGCUUCUAGCCGGGUACCUGGCUCACGAAUACCUAACGAAGGGAACUCUAUUCGGUCAAAGGUGGGACCCGGUCGGACCCGAGGCCACCCGGGUCGCCGAGUUGAGGAAAGCGGAACCGAGCCGGAGCAAGGAGGCCGAGCCGGGCGUGGAACAGCACGAUAGGUACGUGGAAGUAGCGAGUCUGCUGAAGUCAGAUGGGGCCCACUUGCCUGGCAUUGUCAACCCGACGCAGCUCGCUCGGUUCUUACAUGUGUGAUUACGUGGCAGCGAGACGCAGCGGGCUGACGUGGGACGUCGUGAUUGGCUGGGCAACGCUGUUCUUUUUCUUAUUCUAAUUCUUCUUCGAUCUCCUUCUCUCCCGAUCUCUCUCUCCGUGGAGAGCGGAAGCCGCGCUCGCAGGUGAGUACGUAGUUGUUAGCUAGUCUUUCUGUAUGGAUGGAUGGAUGCGAGCAUGAGCACGCAUGCAUGUCUAUGUAUGUAUGUGCAUGUCGUGUAUGAUCAUGUGAUGCGAUAUGAUAUGAGAUGAUACAUAGUACUCAUGUAUGAUCAAUAAUAUGAUAUGAGAUGAUACAUAGUACUCAUGUAUGAUCAAUAAUAUGAACAGAUAGUUUUUAAUUUUUCAAAA